CCGACCGGCUGGAUCAGAUAUGCGAUCAGUCGUGAGUCUUCUACCCUCCAGCCUCCAGCCAAAAGUCGUCAUGCAGUGAGCACUCGGUAUGUGGAUGCUGGCACCAAGCAGCGCUGCUCGCCGGCUGCCUUGGUCGUGUGAGUGGGCUCACGCAGAUUAGUACGCAUCGACCUAACGGCCAAUCCGGUACGAUACGAUUACAAGGUCGUGGCUGGCAGAGCUGCUAUACAUGUCGUUUGUCCAUGCAUGGGCAAGCUUCAGCGUCUGAUCGUGAACCAGGUGCCCCGGAUCUUGGAUGGAAUCCUAGAAGCGGACCCGUUCAGCGGACUCGUUCCCUGCUGUCUCACCCACCCAGCAGCACAAGCCGCCGGCUGGCGGCUCAGCCGCUUGCGGUGGUCAAUCGCCGAUGCCUAUAGAACAGUCAAACGCGGCUCGACAUUGAGACCGAUGAGCAACGCUAUACCUGCCAGGUCGAGCAGAGCAAUGUUCGGACCUCAGCCAUCCAGCUGCAUAGCUAUGCAUCGCCAACGGUCACAGCAACUCUGCGACUCGAUCGAUCCACACUCACGCACCGAUGCGGUGCCGCCAGAGCAAUUCUGGACCCGAUUCCAGCCAUACCGCUGUACCGCUGCUGCUGACGGCCCGCCCGCGUCUGACGUGAGAGGCAGCAUCAUCGGUGCGUGGAGAGACUUCAAUCGAAUGGUCAAUAGUCGUUGAGGCUGUGUCGAUUUCCCACUCGUGACUCUCGGUCGGUCAUAGCCAAGGCGCUCAGCAGGCGUCUGUCCACCUUUAUCUCCACAGUCAACAGUCGACUGACGUUUAGCAUCACAUCAUCACCUCCAUCUU